CCCGCCCCUCAGACCAGCCGGCUCGCUCCGGCUCGCUCCAGUCCGGGGCGCCCCCCGCCCCGCCCCGCCCCCUUCGGCCGGGGUUCCCGAGACGUUGCACCGCGACCCCGCACCUUUGCGAACAUGGCGCUACGAGCGGUGCGGAGCAUGCGGUCUGCGGCCUGCAGCCUGCGCGCCGCCUCCGCGCCCGCCGCGCCUUGCCUGCCGCGGCCCUGGGGGCUGAGGGCGGGCGCCGUCCGGACGUUGCGCACAGGCUCCGCUCUGCUGUCUGUGCGUAAAUUCACAGACAAACAUGAAUGGAUAACAACAGAAAAUGGUAUUGGAACAGUGGGAAUCAGCAAUUUUGCACAGGAAGCUUUGGGAGAUGUUGUUUACUGUAGUCUGCCUGAAGUUGGGACAAAAUUGAACAAGCAAGGAGAAGUAACUGAAAUUAAUGAAGCUCUUGCAGAAAAUCCAGGACUUGUCAACAAAUCUUGUUAUGAAGAUGGUUGGCUGAUCAAGAUAACACUCAGUAAUCCUUCAGAACUGGAUGAAUUGAUGAGUGAAGAAGCAUAUGAGAAAUACAUAAAAUCUAUUGAGGAGUAAAAAUGGAACCCCUAAAUAAACUAGUAUGAAACAACUUAAUCUAGCAUAGUUGUCUUAAAUUAAUGGUGCACAGAGGAUUUAAAAUGGCAACUCUUAGCAAUACCAGUGCAAAAAGAAACUACUUGCAACAAUGUUAAUGAAAGAAAACACCCCUUAACUUUCUAACGAUUGCCUAUAAACACAAUAUGUAUAUUUUUUGCAACACCCUAUGAUUUUUAGGCUAGGCUCCAGUUAUACUAUUCAGAAUCCUGAAAUUAGCUGUGGUUAGAAAUUAGUUAUAAAAACUAUGUAAUUCCAGGAUAACAAUGUCAUCUUAAACCUUUGGGAAUUUUCACUUGCUUACAUCUAUACCUGGAUUGGGGUCAAAAUACUUAAAUGAUCUGUCCAUUGGAAAUAAAUGGCAGUGGAGAAAGGUCUGUUAGUUGUAUAGUGUCAGAUAAAGAACAAUAUUAUCUUAAUUUUGUAAUAUACUGUGCUUGCUGGUGCUAUUUUUAUAUGGUGAAGCAACAGCCUUGAAGGAAGAUAGUUUAAUAAAACAUUCAACUUCAUUAA